AUGGGAAAAAUGCGUAGGCCGGUCAUUCGCCUUUGGCGCAUCCUUUUCCAACCAGCCGCCAGUUGCUGCUGCAUCACGCUUCCCCCCUCCACCCCUUCCUCCCAUACCCCUCCCAUUCACUCCCCACCCCACACCACCCAUCUCCCUCUCCUCACACCCUUCCCUCCUCCAGAGCAUCACCAGUUCCUUGAUCUCUGCCUUCAGAGCCGCCAGGCGCUGCUGCAUCGGGCCGUUCUUUCCAUCAUGCCUCCCCCCACCACCCCUUCCUCCCAUUCCCCUCUCAACCUCCCACCUGAUUCCCAAGGUCCCUCUCCUCACACCCUUCACUCCUCCAGAGCCAUCACCAGUUCCUUGAUCUCUGCCUUCAGAGCCGCCAAGCGCUGCUGCAUCGGGCCAAUCUUAGCGUCAAUCUCCUUGGCAGGGGUCUUCUUCUCAUAUGCCUCCACUGCCACCGUGUGCUUCGCCACUGCCCUGUCUGAACGUUCCUUCUCCUUCGCUACCAGCGCUUGCACCUGGGGGAAGGCAGGGCGGGGGGGAGGAGCAGGGGAGAGUAGAGAGGAAGUGUGGGGGGAGAGGGAUGGAGGAAGACUUACAGUGCGCAGGGGAGCAGCAGGGACCUUGGAAAGAGCCUCGAUCUUCCCCACAACAGCAGCAAUCUCCCUCCCACUCUCCUUCAACUCAACAGGUCUCGACAUUCCUCCUGCUCGUCUUCGCCCCCGCCACAUCCCCGCUCCUCCCCAGCUUCAGCAGCCCCGCGUCCAGAGACUCGAUCUGGGCCGCACGAUCGGCCACGAGGCGCGAGAGCCGUUGGAUGAGAUCGAGGAAUUCCUCGUGGUGAAGCUUUGCGAGGUAAGCAGGGGCGGUCUUAGAGAUGGUGAGGUCGGAGUGAGUGUAGGCGAUGAAGAGGAGGAAGAGGAGGAAGAAGAAGAGGAUGAGGAGGAGGGGCUCCAUAAGGAGAGCCACCUUUGA